CUGUCAGUGCUCCUGCAGCGCACAGUGGUGUUCUGUGCAGACGGCGGCGGAGCGGAGGAGCUGGAGGUGUUUAAUGGCUGAACUCUCGGCCCCACGGCUGCUAACGUGUUAUAUCUAAGAUCGACCUUUGGUUUGUAAGAGGCUGAGGGACCGACGGCGGCUGUAGCGCAGCGAGCAGACCCGCGUGUGGCCGCGGCUAAGUUGCUAACUUUUGAAUGCUAAAGGAAGCUAAGCCGUUGAAGCGAGAUUGAACUUCAUCGAUCUGCUGAAAACACCCAGCGGAAGUCGGACACGGAUUAAAAAAAAACCACACGGCUCGAAGGCCUUUUCUUUUGACGGAGAAUUACCUGAAUUCCCUGGGACUAUUUUUCCUCUCCUAUCUUGCCCCCCCUUUCUCUCGACAGCAAACUGUUGUCGUAGUGGCGUACAUUAGCAUUAGCUCGUUUUUUAGCUAGGUGCUAGCUUGCAGCCUAGCAGCACGAUACUUUGCGUUUGCCCUUUGCCUCGCUGCUCAUUCGGACAACUUUCCACGACAAUGCCUUGCGUGCGUUUUGCCACAGGCCGACAAUUUGUCAAAACGAUGCAUCAUCCAAGGCCAGCAUUCGUUUGAAGUGUAGCAGCAAUUGUGUCGUUCGUACCGAGGAGUUGUUUGUCGUGUUCCGAGGAUCGUCCCCCGUGUUUCAGAAGACUAGUUACCCCAAAAUAACGCAGCUCGAGGAGGCAGUCAAUCAUCUUUAACCCGAGCUAACUUGCUGGAUCGUACUCAAUAUCCUGGAAUUGGAGACAAGCUUAAAGUCGUGCAGUCUGCCCCCCAUUUUCUAUUUUUUUUGUGUGUGUGCGUGCGCGUGCUGAUGUGAACGAAGAGGAAACCCUCUCCAGUUUGACCCAGGGGAUACAAUAGCUCAUCUGAAGCAGCUUGUCGGUUGCAUGCGUCAAAAUGUCGGCCAUCUCUGCAUCCGAGAAGGUGGACGGGUUCACGCGAAAGUCCGUGAGGAAGGCCCAGAAGCAGAGGAAGUCCCAGGGCUCGUCUCAGUACCGCACCCAGAGCGCCCCGGUCGAGCUCUCCCCGCUGCCGCAGCUGAAAGAUGCCCCCUCCACAGAGCAGCAGGAACUGUUCACCCAGAAACUCCAGCAGUGUUGCAUGCUCUUCGACUUCUUCGACUCUGUGAUGGACCUGAAGAGCAAGGAGAUAAAGAGGGCGACACUCAACGAGCUUGUGGACUAUGUUUCCACCAACAGAGGCGUGCUGGUGGAGUCCACGUACCCAGAGAUCACUAAUAUGAUCUGUACCAACAUUUUCCGGACUCUUCCCCCAAGUGAAAACCCUGAUUUUGACCCAGAAGAGGAUGAACCCACUCUAGAGGCUUCAUGGCCUCACAUACAACUGGUCUACGAAUUUCUGCUGCGCUUUCUAGAAAAUCCAGACUUCCAGCCCAGCAUUGCCAAGCGCUACAUUGAUCAGAAAUUUGUUCUGCAGCUCCUGGAGCUGUUUGACAGUGAGGACCCGAGGGAGAGGGACUUCCUGAAGACCAUCCUGCAUCGGAUCUACGGAAAGUUCCUGGGGUUACGAGCCUUCAUCAGAAAGCAGAUCAACAAUAUUUUCUUGAAGUUCAUCUAUGAAACCGACCACUUCAAUGGAGUCGCUGAGCUGCUAGAAAUCCUGGGAAGUAUCAUCAACGGCUUUGCGUUGCCUCUGAAGGCAGAGCACAAACAGUUCCUGAUGAAAGUGCUCAUCCCAUUGCACACAGCUAAAGGACUGGCGCUUUUCCACGCACAGCUGGCCUACUGUGUUGUGCAGUUCCUGGAGAAGGAUCCUACCCUCACUGAACCGGUGAUCCGUGGCCUGCUGAAGUUUUGGCCUAAAACCUGCAGCCAAAAAGAGGUGAUGUAUCUCGGUGAAAUUGAGGAGAUUCUGGACGUCAUCGAGCCGACGCAAUUCAUCAAGAUCCAGGAGCCGCUGUUCAAACAGAUUUCUAGAUGUGUGGCCAAUCCACACUUUCAGGUAGCAGAGCGAGCGCUUUACUUCUGGAAUAACGAGUACAUCCUCAGCCUCAUCGAAGAGAACAUAGACCGGGUCCUCCCCAUCAUGUUCGGUAGCCUCUACAGAAUCUCCAAAGAGCACUGGAACCCGACAAUCGUAGCUCUGGUCUAUAACGUGCUGAAGACAUUGAUGGAGAUGAACUGUACUCUGUUUGAUGAGCUGACGUCCUCCUAUAAAGCAGAUAGACAACGGGAGAAGAAGAAGGAGCAGGAGAGGGAUGAGCUGUGGAAGAAGCUGGACGAGCUAAGACUCAGCGACAGCGCUCUGGUCCAGAACAACAGCCACGGGCUCCAGAACAACAAUAACAACAACAACAACAAUAGCAACAGUAGUAAUAACGAUGACACCGAGGACAAGAGCGCUGAUUCCGCUGCUGCCCUCCCCACAGACGACAAAGAGCCCGACGUCAGUGUGGCAGCCAAUGAGAGCACUCCACGUGACAAAUGACACCGGAUGUUUUUUUAUUCCGUAGCGGUUUGACACCGUGUGCACGACCGUCAGUGGAGGAUUGACGGAGACGGAAAACACAAAUUACACCUCAGCAGUAUAUAACAUCUACUUAGAGUGACUUAGAACGCCAGCAUUUCUUUGGCAGAAAAAAAAUUAUAUAUAUUUCAACCUAAGACUAUUUUUGGAUGUGACAGUGUGGCUACAGUAUAUUGUUUUGUCUGAUCAAAGAGUUAUCCUUUCACAUUUAGUUUCUCAACUGAAGAGGAUUUUAUUUGUUCUAUUCAUUGUAUGAUACACGGGGGCGGGCCGAAAAUAAUUAUGACUUGAAUUCAAUGUUUCCGAUUGUGCUGCACUUAGACGAGCUGAAUAGCUAUUUAAAGAUGUCUAUUUUUUAAAUGUGCUUUUCCCACUUGCUGCCAACACAUGGAUUUCAAAACCUUAAGGAAGAAAUGAACUGCAGACUUUGGGAGUACGUGGGGCAAAUGGGACCAGACCCAUAGUUAAACAGUUAGUGUCCAUUAAUGUGUAGUAAAGGGCUGUUGUCAGGAGCAGGAGAAGCUAGGAGACGAAUUUCUGGGGUUAUGGGUGAAUGAGGCCAAAGACGCUAAAGAAAAAAUUAUCCCAGCUAUGGUUUGAUAAAUCAAUGAAUGACUCUAGUUGAGACUGUGCAGUUGAAACCGGUUCACAAUUAUUAGAGUAAAUGUCAUAUUUGUUUGUGUUGCAGGUGUUGGUAAAUAUUUUUGUCUGAGCAAAACAGGAAGCUAAUCGCUGUAACACAAGCCCGAGUCUGUGCAUCGAGGUCCCAACGUUACCGCACUCGACCAAUCGUGAGUCAGGCUCGGCUGUCAAUCAAGAUGUUUCACUCCGUUUUUAUAGUAUAAAAUAACCAAUUAAAACUGAAUUUAUGGGAAAAAAUUGUUCAAUUGUGUGAUAAGAAAUGCAUAAAAUGACAAAUCAUCUUUUACAAAAUUAUAUUUCACAAGUAUUUUGACUUUCUUGUCCCAUCUGCUUACCUGGAGGUGGAGUUUAUGAGCUAUACUGCAGCCAGCCACUAGGGCGCGAUCAAGAUGCUCUGGCUUCACUGCGCUGUCAUGUCGUCCAUCUUUAUAAACGUUCUACGAUAAAGACGGAAAACUGUCCCAGUCAGGAAAUAGUCUGGGUCACGACCCUUCAUUAUGGUUUUUGUACAGAUUAAAUAAACAUACUAGCUGGACCCCCUCUUCUUCAUGCUAAGCUAUCUGUAGCUUCAUUUUUCCUAAGAGGGAUAUUUGACCUCAUCAAACUCUCGGCAAGAAAGCAACAUUUCCCCAAGCAAUUGAAGUAUUUGUAAAUUAAAAAAAACUAACCUGAGACCUACAGUGCUAUAUUUUUCUAGAGCGUUGACGAGGCAAAUAUUUUUUCUUUCCGAUGCAGGAUGUGCUCGAGUGUGUAUUAGAUGAGUGCGUAUUUGUGUAUAUGUCAGUUUGGAGGCUACUUAAAGGGAAAUGCCACUCAGUUUAAUAUUGUAUGUACAGUGUGACGUCUCUGUGGUCUAGGAAAGUGCAGUCAGUGCUUAUAGGGGCAUAAAUGUUAAUCUCCAUCAAAGCUGUUACCACCACCUAGCUGUUUUUUGUUUUGUUUUUUACAAUCCACGCGACUGAUUUUGUGUAUCUGAGUUUCUAUAUCCAAACGAUAUCUAGAAAUUCAUUUUAACAGCAGGAAAUCAUACAAGUAAUCUUUAAUCCUCUAAUCAUGACUUUAUAACCUCGCAUUCGCUUUUUACUCUCCGUGUUCUGAUGUUGGAGGUGGACUAACGUGCUUAUUGAUGUAAUCUGACUGCCACAGAUCAUAGGAAAGACCUCAGAGUUUGUUUGUUUAGUAGUUGAAUGGUGUUCCCUCUGAGCCUGGGUGUGUCUGCUCUCUUAAGUUCAUAUUUAAGGUCCAGUCUUCUCUGAUGCCUUUCUGUCAGUACAGCAUUCCAGCCUCUGUGACGUUGAAAAAGAAGCCUGCGUGACGAACCUGUCUUCUGAUCGCAGAUCUUAUUUAGGUUUCACCAUCAAAUAAAGUCUAUUUUAUCUUUGUACUCUAA